AUGCGGACUUGUGAUUUUGCUCACAGCUUCUUGGGCACUACCGAUUUCAAUUCCUGUUUUGAUGGUUGUCCUUCCCCCGUCCUUUCCCAAAAAGUUCGUGGCGAUGACAUCGUUUUCCUUGAGCUGCUUUGUCAUCAUCUUUUCAUACUUUAUGAUCGUAGUAUUUCUGCUCAGGUACAAGAAGAAAAGAAAGGACCUAAGAGCCCGAACGCUUUCCGUAAAGUUUACUUUGCGCAGGGAGUCCGUGUUGCUUACAUCUUAGCUAUUGCAACCGGCGUUUUUACAGUUUGUUGGGUUCCAGUAAAGACUAUGAGGUUUGUCAUAGGUAUGAGGCCAAACAGCCCUUUACACAUGUGGCUCCGAACCUUGGCUGUGUCAAACUCUGUUAUGAAUUUUCUGAUUUACUCUGCACGAAUGCGCGCCUUUGAAGAGGCAUACUUAAGUAUCUUUCGCUUGUAG